AUGGCAGACUUAACGAAUGAGCCGACUGUGGCAUCGGCUUCAAACAAUCCCUUGUCUAGGAAACUAAACAAGAUAUUAGAGACUCGCUUGGACAGUGACAAGGAACUGCUUGAAGCACUGAAAGCCCUCUCCAAUUUCUUUACAGAGAACAGUUUGCGAAACCGACGUAACCUACGCAGUGACAUUGAAAAGAGAAGUCUUGCAAUAAAUGAAGAGUUUUUAGAAGCUUUCCAAGUGGUGAAAGAGCAACUUGACGGCGUGUACUCUGAUGUCCAGGCUAUGAAUGAAUGCUGUCAGGACAUGGCCAACAGGCUGAAGGCAGCCAAGGCAAAUACACACCACCUUAUUUCACAGACCACAUCACUGCACAACGAGAGCCAAAAACUUCAAGUGAAAGAGCAGGUUGCACAUGCAUUUCUGGAUAAAUUUCAGUUGAAACCAGAAGAAGUAAAAAUUCUCAGAGGUACAAGGGAUGGCGCCUUACAACCUGAGUUUUUUAAAGCUUUGGCAAGAGUGAAACAGAUCCACAGUGAUUGUAAGAUCCUUCUGCGAACUAACCACCAGACUGCGGGCCUGGAAAUCAUGGAAUCAAUGGCCCUUCACCAGGAGUCUGCAUAUGAACGGUUGUACAGGUGGACGCAAAAUCAGUGUCGGCUUGUAACUCAAGACACACCUGAUGUUAGCCCACUUCUCUGCCAGGCAAUGGAAGCCCUGCAGGACAGACCUGUGCUGUUGAAUGCGGUCGUUCGAGGUUUCAAACGAAAUGCCCCAUUUUUAACGAGAGGAGGUCCAAAUGGCACACCACGACCUAUUGAACUCCAUUCGCAUGAUCCUCUGCGAUAUGUAGGUGAUAUGUUGGCAUGGUUGCAUCAGACAUCAGCCUCAGAGAAAGAAUACCUCCAGUCAUUACUGAAAAAUUGCUCAGCUACCAGUUUUCAAAUGGAUGAGGUGCUCGGACAUAUUACCGAAGGUGUUUGUACUCCAUUUAAGGUACGUGUGGAGCAAGUCCUGGUGUCAGAACAAGAUCCUGUGAUCUUAUACAAGCUUGAUAACUUGCUCAAGUUUUACCAUCAUACAAUCAGCCAGAUUAUCAUCCCUGACGCUGCCCUCAUGGUUACUGUGGCUGAGAUUCAGGACCUGAGUCAUCGCAUGUUUUUCAACAGCCUUACCGGUCAUGCCAACAAAUUGUUGGAUAAGGUAGAACUGCCCCCAUCUGAUCUCGGAGCAACGGCCUCACUGACACAGACUCUGCAGCUGCUGCGAGACGUUCUGGCUUGUCAUGAUGCAUCUGUCGUCCCAGUUGAUGACAAGAGACAGGAUUAUAAGCAGAUCCUGGCCUGUGUGAUUGACCCGCUGCUCCAGAUGUGCUCCAUGUCAGCAAGUCGGCUGAGUGCUGUAGACAUGGCCGCCUACAUGGUCAACUGCAUCCACAUGAUGAACUCAACCCUGGCUUUGUACGAGUUCACAGACACUCGGCUGGAGAUGCUCAAUGCCCAGACGGAUGCCCAUGUGGACACUUUGGUCAGUGAACAAGCUACCUAUAUCCUCAACCGUGUUGGUCUGGCACAGAUGUAUGGAAUUCUGCAGCAACAUCGGAUCGACCAUGGCGCCUUAUCAUCAGUUCCUGGCUUGGAUGAACUAGCGAUAAAGUCGGCUGUGAACAAGUUUGACAGUUACCUGGCACAGCCCGACAGCCUGACCCUUCCCCAGUGCAAUGUUAUUCUGAGUGCUUCAAUAAGAGAAAUAACAAAGAAACGGUCUGUAGAGCUUGUGUGCGAAGCAUACACUCAGAUAUAUAAAGCCAUCAUGAAUCCAUCUAACGGUUACAAAGAUGGCCCAGGAAUUGUGCCCCGGACUCCAGAACAGGUGGUGCAUUUACUAAUGUGA